CAAACAAACCUACUUACAUCACUCCUUUAAAAACAAACAUAUUUUCAUCUUUUGAAACUCUUUAAACCAAUUUUAAUUACCCCCAACAUAGAAAACCCUUUUUGUUUUGUCACCCACCUAAUUACCCAAAUUUCCAAAAUCCAAGAAACUCUUCAACAAGAGAAAUUGGGAAACAAUAAUUUGUUAUUGAACAUGCCUAGCAAGCUAAGGAAGGCAAUUGGGGCUGUAAAAGACCAAACCAGCAUCAGCCUUGCCAAAGUUUAUACCAAUAAUCCAUCCAAGACUAAUCUUGAAGUUGUAAUCCUAAAGGCCACAAGGCACGAUGAAGCUCCUAUUGAAGAGCGUUAUGUUAAAGAAAUACUCAACCAAAUCUCCUCCGGGAAGGGUCAGGCCGCUUCUUGUGCGCAAGCCAUUGGCCGGAGGAUUGGGAAGACCCGAAAUUGGAUUGUUGCACUCAAGUCCCUUAUGCUUGUUCUUCGGAUUUUUCAAGAUGGGGAUCCUUACUUCCCCAGAGAAGUCCUCCAUGCAAUGAAACGUGGUGCCAAGAUUCUGAAUCUGUCAACCUUCCGAGAUGAUUCUCAUUCAAGCCCUUGGGAUUAUACUGCCUUUGUUAGGACUUUUGCUCUCUAUCUUGACGAACGCUUGGAUUGUUUUCUUACAGGGAAGCUUCAGAGAAGAUUCACUAACAAGAAUAGGCGAAACAUCCACCACAGAAACCGGACUGGAACUGAUCCAGUGUGCGAAAUGAAACCCAUAAUGUUGCUUGAUAGAAUCUCUUUCUGGCAGAAAUUGCUCGAUAGAGCGGUUGCCACUAGACCUACGGGUGCAGCCAAGGCAAACAAGUUGGUUCACAUUUCUCUAUACGCUGUAGUUCAAGAAAGUUUUGAUCUCUACCGUGACAUUUCUGAUGGGCUUGCUCUCCUGUUAGAUAGUUUCUUUCAUUUACAGUAUCAAUCUUGUGUUAGUGCUUUUGAAUGCUGUGUUAAAGCAACCAGACAGUUUGAAGAGCUCUCUUCUUUCUACGACUUAUGUAAAAGUCUUGGUGUCGGAAGAACAUCUGAGUACCCAAGCGUGCAAAAGAUAUCGGAGGAGCUUGUAGAAACAUUACAAGAAUUCUUAAAGGACCAAGCUUCUUUCGCAUGUAAUGGUAGGUCACCCCCUUCGCAUUUGCUUCUUCCAUCUCCACCAGCCAAAGAUGCAGCUUCAAGCUCCCAAAGGUACGAUGCCUGUGAGCUAUAUUUGGAGCCAACAGAAAGGUAUUUAGGGAGGUAUUCGGAGAGAGGAUCUGAAUUGAGCUCACGUCGCACUUCGUUGGAGGAUCUUAUGAGUAUCACAGACGUAGGAACAAGUUCUUGUACCUCAAUGGACAGGUACUUGGAGCAGUAUGAGAAACAAUCUUCAACUGAUCAAGACAUCAUCAGUGUCACUGAUUCUGGCUCGUCUCGUUCUCCUUCUCCUCCGCCCUCAUUGCCUAUGAGUACAUCAAAUAGCAUGUUAGAUCUUGUUUCUUUAGAGGACUGGCCACCAGAAGACGAAAAGGACGAACAAGAACAAGAACAAAAAAAUUCAGAAUUGGAUUCAGCCACAGGUUGGGAGAUUGUGUUAGUAGAAACUGCUGCAACCCAACCAAUACAAGCAUUACCGGAUGCAACCAACGGAUUCGAGCCUCCAGUGGAAUUUUUGUUUGAUAAUCAUCAAGAAUCGACAGCAACAAGUGUAACUAAUGGAUUUGAGCAUUCAACUGCAAACAAUAUCUUUGAUCAAGCUUCUUUGCCAGAGCAUCAUUACAAUCCAUUUCUACAAGAUACACUUGAAAUCCCAACUAUUGCAACAGCUGCUUACGAUCAACGAGUAUAUCCCAUCGAUGAUAUGUUUCCAGUGGCUCCAACAUUUCAGGCUGCAGCCCCAACCUUCAGCGUGCAGAAUCCUGAUGGGGCAUUGCCAUUCCCUAAUGAAGAUGAUCCUUUUGCACCAUCCCCUAUGACAAUUGCCAAUAUUCAUGGACCUAAUGGUUGCAUGGACCAACAGAUUCUAUUGCAGGAACAACAACUUUGGCUCCAAAACCAGGAUAAGAUAAUUGCAAAACAUAUGGCUUGAUUUUCGAAUCAUUUGUAAACUCUCAUCAUGUAAUUAUUAUUCAGUUUUAAGGAUGACCUUUCUUUAAUUAAACUUGAUAUACUUGUAUGAGAAAAAUGACUGCGAUUUUAUAACUCGAUUACAAAUAUUAACAAAA